AUGUCAAGUGCCAAAACUGAAUCAAAAGUCGAUUAUACUAUCGCCAAUUCUGACGUAGUCCAAAAAUAUAAAACUGGAGGAGAAAUUUCUGCCAAAGUUUUAGCUCAUGUUAAAGAAUUAUGUAUUGAAGGAGCCAAAAUCUUCGAUAUUUGUGAAUCUGGUGAUAAAUUAAUGGAAGAAGAAUUAUCAAAGAUCUAUAAUUCCAAAAAAGCCUCUAAAUUAUUGAAAGGUAUUGCUUUCCCAACCACUGUUAACCCAAAUAAUUACCCAGCUCACGUUUCUCCAGUUAAUGCUGAUGAUGAAACCAACUUCACUUUAAAAAAUGAGGAUGUUGUUAAUAUUAUGUUAGGUGUUCAAAUUGAUGGAUUCCCAGCUAUUAUUGGUGAAUCAAUGAUUAUUGGAGAAUCUGAAUCAAGUCCUAUUGAAGGUAAAAAAGCUGAUUUAUUACACUCAGCUUGGAAUGCUAGUGAAGCUGCGAUCAGACAAUUUAAACCAAACGGUAAAAACUGGGAUGUUACCAAAAUCGUUGAUCAAGUUGCUAAAAUCUUCGAAACUACUCCAGUUGAAAGUAUGUUAAGUCAUAACCAAACCAGAAACACUUUAUAUGGACCAAAAGAAAUUUUAAUAAAUCCAACUAAAGAACAUAAGAAUCAAAUGGAUACCUACAGAUUCGAAGAAAAUGAUGUUUAUGGUUUAGAUAUUUUAAUCUCAACUUCAAAUGAUGGUAAAGUUAAAAAAACAGACUUCAAAACUUCAAUUUUCAAAUUAACUGGUAAUUCAUAUGCUUUGAAAUUAAAAUCAAGUCAUCAAGCUUUAGGUGAGUUCAAACAAAAAUCUUCAGGUUUAUUCCCAAUGAAUGUUAAGAAAUUCGAUGAUCCAAGAAAAACAAGAGCUGGUUUAGGUGAAUGUGUUAACCAUCAAGUUGUUUUAGAUUAUGAUAUUAUGACUGAAAAAGAAGGUGAAUUUGUUGCUCAAUAUUUCACCACUUUCGGUAUAACCAAAAAUGGUAUUGUCAAAUAUACUUCUCCAUCAUUCAAUCCAAACUUAUAUAAGACUGAUAAAAAGAUCGAAGAUGAAGGUUUAACUACUUUAUUAGCUCAACCAUUAAAAGUUAACCCAAAGAAGAAAAAUAAGAAAAAGACCGAAGAAUCUAAAUAA